AUGCCUAGAACCACCGACAACAAAGUGGCCAGCGCCCUGCUGGAGUUCGCCGACACCACCACCACACAUGGCGUCCCGAGAGCCGUGGGGUCGUCCUCGCUCCUCCGGAAGAUUUGCUGGACCGUCGCCUUUGUGGCCUCGUUGGGUUACUUCCUCUACCAGGCCAGCAUGCUUUUUAACAAGUAUUUUGACUACCCGGUGGCCACGGAUAUCUCUAUCAAGUUCGCGACUAUCGAGUUCCCUGCGGUAACGAUCUGUAACCUGAACCCCGUUAGACUGUCCAAACUGAAUACCGCAGGUGGCGAGUUCUCCAGCUACAUCAUCUCCGACGUCGGUACAACCGCACCACCCUCACCAGGGCCACGACGCAAACGUGGGGUCGACACGAGCCAGGACAACCGCCCCGAGUAUGAUGUAGACUGGGAGGAUCCGUAUCCACCACGAGAGGAGAGCGCAGAAGAACACGAGCUGCUUCGAGAGAGGCGGGAAACGGGAUCGUCCGCAGGGUCAGCUGACUCUCAGGGCUCAUCGGACUCUUCAGAUUCAUCUGACUCUUCAGAUUCAUCGGACUCUUCAGAUUCAUCGGACUCUUCAGAUUCAUCGGACUCUUCAGACUCGUCUGACUCAUCUGACUACGCGAGCUACAUGUACGGUGGCACCUGGAGCUCGCACUACGGUCAGGAUGGGAGCUCCUCCAGUGAUUAUAUGUCUGAAGAUUACCACCACGAGUUCGAGUUGGUGCAGAACUUCUCUUCGUCGAUCCUGGGGUUGAACAGGACCUCCCGCCGGACCAUGGGGCACCAGUACCAGGACCUGGUCCUGGAGUGCGCCUAUGACGGCAGAUCCUGCUCCAGGACAGACUUCGGGCGUAUACUUGAUGAAAAGUACGGCAACUGCUACACAUUUAACUCGGACAAAGUGUUACAGAGGAAAGUGAGGGAUCCAGGACCGGCUCACGGCCUGCAGCUCACCCUGUAUAUCGAGCAGGAUGAGUACGUGCCGGCGGUCACCCCUGCAGCCGGCGUGAGGGUGGUCAUCCACCAGCCGGGGGAGUGGCCCUUCCCUGCCGAGGAGGGCUUCGACGUGGGCCCUGGGUACAGCACGUCUAUUGGGCUCCAAGUUACCACCAUCCGGCGACUUGGCGGUAAGUACGGAAACUGCACCGACGGGCGGGACAAAGACAACCUGUAUCGCAGCAAGUACUCCACAAAGACGUGCCUGCACACCUGCUUCCAGCGCCUCCUGGUGGAAAAAUGCGGUUGCGGCAGCCGCUUCAUUCCUUUGCCGAAGAAGGUUCCCGCGUGUCCAGUACCCAUCAAUUCUUGUGAGCAACGCUGGAUCAGUGAAAUGCGCAACGGACGUAUUUGGUGUGACUGUCCCCCAAGCUGUGUUGACAACACGCUGUCAAUGACCUUUGGAUUCUCUGAAUGGCCUGCAGACUCGUAUGAGAAGUCGCUGAGGCAAAAGCUGUCGAAGCUAGACGAGGAAUCUCAAGAAAAGCUGCAAACCUCCCACGAUGCAAGGCGGAACCUGUUGAAGUUGUCGGUUUACUUCGAACAGCUCAACCAACAAACCAUCUCGGAGUCUCCUGCCUACAGGGUGGAGAACCUGCUGGGUGAUCUGGGCGGUCAGCUGGGCCUGUGGGUGGGCGUGUCAGUCAUGACCAUCCUCGAGGUUCUCGAACUCAUCGUCGACGUCACUCAGAUCUUACUCAGCAAGGCGAGGGGCAAGAAGAAAACUAGAGUCAUAGACAUCAGUGGACAUAUGUAACAAACACGUAGAUGUUAGCAGCAGCCGUGUAUUUUGUUGGAAGGAAUGAUAUAACAUGCUAAUUUGGUUUUGAGGAUUUGCAUUUAGUAAAUAGAUAAUUAUAGUCAUCAUCGCAAAAUAUAUGCCAGGUUAUUGUAGUUGUUUUCAUCUGUGAGGCAAUGAUUGUAGUUAGUUAGUUAGUUAGUUUGUUUGUUGUUUGUUUGUUUGUUUGUUUGUUUGUUUGUUUGAUAAGAUGUAAAUCCAUAGCUGCAUAAAAACCAACAACUGCUUGUACGAAUUGGUCUGACAUUUAUGUACCACGGCAGUACGUUUGAAAAAAAAGGAGGAGGGAAUUGUUCUGCAUUU